AUUGACAAGUUUUGCGGAAGACUCGCUCGAGGAAUCCCCUCCAUUAUCGUCUCUGUCAACUACAGGCUUGCACCGGAGCAUAAGUAUCCAUGCCAAUACGAGGAUGGCUUCGACGUCUUAAAGUUCAUUGAUGAAGAAAACUUGGAACACUUUCCUCAAAAUGCUAAUCUGAAGGAUUGUUUUCUCGCUGGAGACAGUGCAGGAGGCAAUAUAGCGCACAAUGUGGCACUCAAAGCAAGUGAGUCCAAGUUUCUUAAGCUGCAAGUUAUUGGACUUAUAGCUUUGCAGCCAUUUUUUGGUGGAGAAGAGCGCACAGAAUCUGAGAACAAACUUGAUAGAGCUCCAGUACUUAAGGUGGAACACACAGACUGGUUUUGGAAGGCUUUUUUACCAGAAGGGUCAAACCAAGACCAUGCAACCGCUAAUGUUUUCGGGCCAAAUUCAGUUGAUAUUUCCAGGGUGAAUUUCCCAGCGACGAUUGUGUUUGUUGGAGGGUUUGACCCUUUACAGGAUUGGCAAAAGAAGUACUAUGAGGGGUUGCACAAAGCUGGGAAAGAAGCGUAUUUGAUCGAGUAUGAGAAUGCGUUUCACUCAUUUUAUGCUUUUCCUGAGUUUCCAGAGCAUUCUUUGAUGAUUAAGGAGGUGAGGGAUUUCAUGCAAAAGCAAUCAUGCAAGUGAUAUUAUUGAAGUUCUUAUAAAACAUUGUUUUCGGGU